AUGAACCGGCAGCUAGUGAACAUUUUGACAGCCUUGUUUGCAUUUUUCUUAGAGACAAACCACUUCAGGGCAGCUUUCUGCAAAGACCAUGACUCCAGGUCUGGAAAACAACCUUCGCAGACCCUAUCUCCUUCAGAUUUCUUGGACAAAUUAAUGGGAAGGACAUCAGGAUAUGACGCAAGAAUCAGGCCAAAUUUUAAAGGUCCUCCAGUAAACGUUACUUGCAAUAUUUUUAUCAACAGUUUUGGAUCAGUCACAGAAACCACCAUGGACUACCGAGUGAAUAUUUUUCUGAGACAACAGUGGAAUGAUUCACGGCUGGCUUAUAGCGAGUACCCUGAUGAUUCUCUGGACUUGGACCCAUCGAUGCUGGACUCCAUUUGGAAACCAGAUUUGUUCUUUGCCAAUGAGAAGGGGGCCAACUUCCAUGAUGUCACCACCGACAACAAGUUGCUUCGCAUUUCAAAAAAUGGCAAAGUGCUCUACAGUAUCAGGCUCACCUUGACCUUAUCCUGUCCCAUGGACUUGAAGAAUUUUCCAAUGGAUGUCCAGACGUGUACAAUGCAGCUGGAGAGUUUUGGGUACACGAUGAAUGACCUGAUAUUUGAGUGGUUAAGUGAUGGUCCAGUUCAAGUUGCUGAAGGAUUGACCCUGCCUCAGUUCAUUUUGAAAGAAGAGAAGGAGCUCGGCUACUGCACAAAGCACUACAACACUGGAAAGUUUACCUGCAUCGAGGUUAAGUUUCACCUGGAACGCCAGAUGGGCUAUUACUUGAUCCAGAUGUACAUCCCCAGUCUGUUGAUAGUCAUUUUGUCCUGGGUCUCUUUUUGGAUAAACAUGGAUGCAGCCCCUGCCAGAGUUGCACUGGGCAUCACGACAGUCUUAACGAUGACCACCCAGAGUUCAGGCUCCAGGGCAUCUCUGCCAAAGGUCUCCUACGUAAAAGCGAUUGACAUCUGGAUGGCAGUGUGCCUUCUAUUUGUGUUUGCAGCCUUACUGGAAUAUGCAGCAGUGAACUUUGUCUCCAGGCAGCACAAGGAGUUUCUGCGGCUCCGGAGAAGGCAGAAGAGGCAGAAUAAGGAAGAAGAUGUUACUCGUGAAAGUCGUUUUAAUUUCAGUGGUUACGGGAUGGGUCACUGCCUUCAAGUGAAAGAUGGAACAGCUGUCAAGGCCACACCUGCCAGCCAGCUCCCACAGCCCCCCAAAGAUGCAGAUGCCAUCAAGAAGAAGUUUGUGGACCGGGCAAAAAGGAUUGACACGAUUUCUCGAGCUGCCUUCCCAUUGGCCUUCCUCAUUUUCAACAUCUUUUACUGGAUCACAUACAAGAUCAUUCGACAUGAAGAUGUCCACAAGAAAUAG